AGCUGGCUGGUAUAGCCAUUUAAUAUGGAGGGGGAUGACAAGAGAAUCGAGUUUUUACAAGAUGUCACUUUAAAGGCGUUUAAACUAAAGGCAGACAAAUGGCAGAAGUUUAUUGCUGGCGAAGAUAACAGAACAUUAAUUGCUAGUUUUUUUGAUAAAGCGGAUUUCCCCAGCCUUGUUAUUUCUCUAAAUGCUGCCUCCCAACUCGUUUCCAGCCUUUCAUUCCCUCAAACCAUCAAAACCAAAGCUGUUUAUUUUACCAAGAGGGAUCAAGGGGUUAUAACAAAAGACAAUAUUAAACAGUUAUUUGUUGGAGACGUCUCAAAUUCCCCCGUGGAUGUUGUCAUUGGUGUGACAGAGGAGAUUAUCUACUCGUUACAUACAAAUAAAGACAAUACCCAGCGCUGGCCUAAGGUCGUUUCAGACGACGUGUCUCGCCAUGCGCACAAACUGAAGAAUGAAGUUUUUGUCGUUGGAGGUCAGGUCAAAGGCAGGACAUUUCUACCGCUACCGGAAAACUCUGAUGCUCUUGGAGAUUCGGAGCACCGGCCCUCCCGCCCAAUUGAUAGCAAGUUGAUGCACGCGUUUGAAACCGUAAUAAUAGACUGGACUCAUCAGGUGACCGAAGUUUUAAAUAAAGACUCGGCACAACCAAUAUUGGACAGACAGAAACCUUUGCCCAAAGUGGAGUUUGAUUUCUGGAACAACAGAUUGAUGAAUCUCGAGUGUAUCAACGUACAGUUGAUGAAUCCGAAAGUGCGCAAAAUAGCAGAGAUAGUUGAAACUGCAGCAAGCACCUACUGGCCGGCUUUGAGAAGCAUUUACAAGGACGUGAAAGAGGGCCUGAAAGAGGCUCAAGAUAUCAUGCUGUAUCUGAAGCCUCUACAAAAGAUUCUUGAUGAGAUUGAACAGUUGGAGUUCCAACAGGUGAAAACCUUUAUAAAGCCAAUGAUGCACACAGUGUGCCUCACCUGGGCCAGCUCGGAGUACUACAGGAGCCCAGCCAGGAUCAUCGUCAUCCUGCAGGAGAUAUGCAACCUGUUCAUUGAAAUGACAAGGAACUUCCUGGGUCCAGAAGACAUCAUGAAGGGUCUCCAAGGAGAGAUAGACGAGAUUCUGUCCAACAUCAGAAUCAGUAUCGAUUCCCUGGUGGCCUUUAGGGACACUUAUGACGACUGCAAACUCAACAUGGACACAUACUUCAAAGAUGGAAACACCAAGAACUGGGAUUUCCCCUCAUGCCUGGUCUUCACUGAGCUAGAUGCCUUCCUACUGCGUCUGCAGACCAUAGAGGAGGUGUAUUCUGUGUCCGUGGAGCUGUUGAAGCUGGAGAAGGUGGACAUCCAAGGGGUCCGGGGCACUGCCCUGGGGACCAUGGUCUUCAGCAUCUACCAGCAGUGCCUGGAGCUUAUCAAAAUGUUUGCCGAGUGCAAGUAUGAUGCCAUAGACACAGAUGACAAAACGUUCGAUGCAAACUUCCAGCUGUUCCAGGAGCAGAUCGUGGACUUUGAGCGACGGCUGGGGACCAUCCUCUGUCAGGCGUUCGAUGACUGUCCCUCCACAGAGUCUUCUGUCAAAAUAUUGGACAUGUUUGAUUUCAUCAUGGAGCGGCCCCACAUUCAGUCCCAGAUCUACUGUAAGUACAAGGAGCUGGUGGAGAUGUUCAGCUGCGACCUGGACCGGACCAAGCUGGUGUAUGAUGCCCAACUGGCUGCCACUGAGCUGGGGAGAGGCAUCCCGCCCAUUGCCAAGAACAUGCCUCUCAUCGCAGGCCAGCUCAAAUGGGCCCAGGAGAUGCGAGCGCGCAUUGAGAUGCCCAUGAAGAGCUUCAAGGCCCUGCGCCACCCGUGCAUGGGGACCAAUGAGGCCAAGCUGGUGUUCCAGAAGCAUGAGGAGAUGCUGCGGUUGCUGUCUCAGUACUGUGACAAGGUGUUCCUCCAGUGGACCUCCAGGGUGGACCGAGACUGCCAGUUCAACCUGGAGCAGCCGCUGCUGCUCCGCAACCCUCACACCUCCACCCUGAGUGUCAACUUCAACAAGCAGCUGGUGGCAGUGUUGCGGGAGGUGAAGUAUCUGACCAUGCAGGGCCAGGAGGACCUUCCAGACAGUGCAGCCACAGUGUUCUCUCAGAACGAGACCUUCAGGAGAUACGUGGGCUCCCUGGACCUCAUAGUGUCCUGGUACAACCAGAUCCUGGCCACCGUCCUGCCGGUGGAGCUCCCCCUCAUCCAGGAGGAGCUGAAGGCCAUCGACGAGAAGCUGGCCCAGGCUGAGAGCACUCUGAGCUGGAACAGCCAAGGUGUGUGGGAGAACAUCCAGCUGAUGAGAGAUACGCUGCAGGACUUCCACAGCAGGAUCAACCAGGCCAAGGCUAACGUGGAGGCCAUGAACCACAUCAUGGAGGAGUGGUCUGUCAGCCCCAUGUUUGAGAGGAAGUGCAGCAAGGAUUCUCUCCUGGACCUGGACGGGAGACCAGCAGCUCUGAUCAAGAAGUACACGGCCAUCAGAGACUCUGGAGAGAAGCUGCACCAGCUCACUGAGGAAAAUAAGAGGCUGUUCAAAGCAGAUGACCUGACUGAGUCUUGGAGGGCGUACGUUAGCUACAUCGACAACAAAGUGUUGGACGGAUUCUUCAAAGUCGUCCUCGUGUCUCUCAAAUUCCUGGCCAAUAACAUGCAGAACAAGGCCAGCAGAGAGCCCCUGUUUGAGGUGCGCUUUGAGCUGGAGGACGGAGAGACGGCCUUCUACCCCUCCCUCAGCUACGGCAUCGCCAACAGCUUCUACGACAUGCUGGAGGAUCUCAUCAACGAUGUGUACAAGGCCGCCACUCUGGUGCCACGCUUAUCACUGACCAACAAAAUGUGCUACCAGCUGGAGCUGGAUGAGAUGUCUGCGUUGUCAGAGCUGCGUGAGGAUGUGAUGAACCAGGUGGUGGCGGCCAUGAGCCAGGCGGAGGAAUGCAAGGAGGGGCUGUACCUGUACUGCUACCUGUGGCAGGACGACCGCAACGACUUCAUGGAGCAGUUCCUGCUGUACGGGAAGGUGCUCUCCCCCGAGGAGAUCGAGGCCCACGGAGACGAGAGCGUGCCAACCAACCCACCCACCCUCAAGGAGUUCAAGGAGCAGAUCGACACCUACGAGACUCUGUACAGCACAGUGAGCAAGCUGGAGAACUCCAACCUGCUGCAGGGCUGGCUGCAGAUAGACCUGCGGCCCUUCAAACACGCUCUGCUGCACACCAUCAAACGCUGGAGCUUCAUGUUCAAACACUACCUGAUAGACAGAGUCACCAACAGUCUGAAGGACCUAGACGGCUUCAUCAAGGAGGUAAAGUCGGGCCUGACAGAGCCUGUGGAGGAGGGCGACUUCAAGGGUCUGGUGGGGGUCAUGGGUCACCUGAUGCGGGUCAAGGACAGACAUGUCGCCACGGACAACAUGUUUGGCCCUCUGACAGAGACCAUCCAGUUCCUGAAAGACUACAACGAGGAACUACCAGACGAGGUCCACGCUCAGCUUCAGGAUCUCCCAGAGCUGUGGAACAACGUGAAGAAGACAUCCCUGCAGGUCAAGCAGAACCUGGCUCCACUGCAGGCUCACGAGGUCAACAUCAUACGCAGGAAGUGCCAGCAGUUUGAGAUCAAACAGUUUGAGUUCAGAGAGAAGUUCAGACAGCAGCUCUUCUUACAGUUCUCGUUUGAAAAGCCACACGAGGCUCUGGACGAGUGUCAACUCGACAUGGCAACACUGGAGGCAGAGAUGGUCGGUCUGUCGCAAUCAGCCAGCUUGUUUGAGGUGAACGUGCCUGAUUACAAACAGCUGAAAUCCUGCAGGAAGGAGAUGGUUCUUCUCAAAGAGCUGUGGGACAUGAUCCUUUUGGUGAAGGGGAACAUGGACGACUGGAAGACAACUUUGUGGAAAGACAUCAACGUGGACGAGAUGGACAUGGACACCAAGAAAUACGCCAAGGAUAUCAAGGGUCUGGACAAGGAGAUGAGGGCCUGGGACGCCUUCUCAGGAUUGGACAGCAUGGUGAAGAACAUGAUGACAUCACUGCGGGCUGUAGGAGAGCUCCAGAACCCGGCCAUCAGGGACCGCCACUGGCUACAGCUCAUGAUUGCCACCAAGGUGAAGUUUGAGAUGUCGGAGAGGACCACGUUUGAAGACCUGCUGAGGCUGAACCUGCACCAGUUUGAGGAUGAGGUUCGCAGCAUUGUGGACAUGGCUGUCAAGGAGUCUGGGAUGGAGAAGGUCCUGGCUGAGCUGGACAGCACGUGGAGCUCCAUGGUGUUCGACCACGAGCCUCACGGCCGCACAGGGACCAUGCUGCUCAAACCCAACGAGGAGCUGGUAGAGACCCUGGAGGACAACCAGGUGCAGCUCCAAACGCUGAUGACCUCCAAGUACAUCGCCCACUUCCUGGAGGAGGUGUCUGGCUGGCAGAACAAGCUCUCCACGGCCGACUCGGUCAUCUCCAUCUGGUUCACGGUGCAGCGCACCUGGACACACCUGGAGAGCAUCUUCAUCGGCUCAGAGGACAUCCGCUCCCAGCUGCCCGAGGACUCCAAACGCUUCGACACCAUCGACAAAGAUUUCAAGGAGAUCAUGUGUGAUGCAGUGAAGGUCACCAACGUGGUGGAGUCCACCAACAAGAAGGGUCUGCAGGAGAAGCUGGAGGGGCUGGAGACAGGCCUGGCCCUGUGUGAGAAGGCCCUGGCAGAGUACCUGGAGACCAAGCGACUGGCCUUCCCCAGGUUCUACUUCGUCUCCUCAGCCGACCUGCUGGACAUCCUGUCCAACGGGAACAACCCAGUGGAGGUCAGCAAGCACCUCUCCAAGCUGUUCGACAGCUUGUGCAACCUCAAGUUCCAGCUGGACAGCGAUGGGAAGCCCAUCAAGGUUGCCUUGGGGAUGUACAGUGGCGAGAACGAGUACGUCACCUUCGACGAGACCUGCGACUGCUCCGGGCAGGUGGAGACGUGGCUGAACCGCAUCCUGGAGCGGAUGUGUAACACGCUGAGGAUGAAGUUUGGAGACGCGGUCCAGGCUUACGAGGAGAAACCCAGAGAGCAGUGGCUGUUCGACUACCCCGCCCAGAUCGCCUUGGCAACCACGCAGAUCUGGUGGAACACGGAGGUGGGCAUAGCGUUCUCCCGGCUGGAGGAGGGCUACGAGAACGCCAUCAAGGAAUACUUCAAGAAGCAGGUGCUGCAGCUCAACACCCUCAUCACACUGCUCAUCGGAGAGCUGACUCAUGGAGACCGGCAGAAGAUCAUGACCAUCUGCACCAUCGACGUCCACGCCAGGGACAUGGUGGCCAAACUGGUCACCAGCAAGAUCGACAGUGUCCAGGCCUUCAUGUGGCAGUCUCAGCUCAGGCAUCGCUGGGACGACAAGAACAAGCACUGCUUCGCCAACAUCUGCGACGCCCAGUUCACAUACUCCUACGAGUACCUCGGCAACACCCCGCGAUUGGUCAUCACCCCUCUGACUGACAGGUGCUACAUCACCCUGACCCAGUCGCUCCACCUCAUCAUGGGCGGGGCCCCGGCCGGGCCUGCCGGCACUGGGAAGACUGAGACCACCAAGGACCUGGGCCGAGCGCUCGGCAUCAUUGUCUACGUGUUCAACUGCUCCGAGCAGAUGGACUACAAGUCCUGUGGAGACAUCUACAAGGGCCUGGCUCAGACCGGGGCGUGGGGCUGCUUCGACGAGUUCAACAGGAUCUCAGUGGAGGUGCUGUCUGUCAUCGCUGUGCAGGUGAAGUGUGUCCAGGAUGCCAUCCGGGACAAGAAGAUCAUCUUUAACUUCCUGGGGGAGGUGAUCAAGCUGAUCCCCACUGUGGGGGCCUUCAUCACCAUGAACCCCGGCUACGCUGGCCGCGCCGAGCUGCCCGAGAACCUGAAAGCUCUGUUCAGGCCGUGUGCCAUGGUGGUGCCAGACUUUGAGCUGAUCUGUGAGAUCAUGCUGGUGGCUGAGGGCUUCAUAGACGCCAGAGUCCUGGCCAGGAAGUUCAUCACCCUCUACACGCUGUGUAAAGAGCUGCUCUCCAAACAGGACCACUAUGACUGGGGCCUGCGCGCCAUCAAGUCUGUGCUGGUGGUGGCCGGCUCCCUGAAGAGAGGGGACCCGAGCCGGCCGGAGGACCAGGUGCUGAUGAGGGCCCUGAGAGACUUCAACGUCCCCAAGAUCGUGAUGGACGACACGCCCGUGUUCCUGGGGCUGAUCGGGGACCUCUUCCCCGCCCUGGAUGUCCCCAGGAAGAGAGUCGUGGAGUUUGAGCAGCUGGUGAAGCAGGCGGUGCUGGACCUGAAGCUGCAGGCUGAGGACAUCUUCAUCCUGAAGGUGGUGCAGCUGGAGGAACUGAUGGCUGUCAGACACUCUGUCUUCAUCAUCGGCAACGCCGGCACGGGCAAGUCCAAGGUGAUGCGGUCCCUGAGCAGGACGUAUCUGAACAUGAAGAGGAAGGCGGUGGUGGUGGACCUGGACCCCAAGGCUGUGACCUGUGAUGAGCUGUUUGGCAUCAUCAACCCUGCCACCAGGGAGUGGAAGGAUGGCCUGUUCUCCUGCGUGAUGAGGGACCUGGCCAACAUUAGCCACGACGGGCCCAAGUGGAUCGUCCUGGACGGGGAUAUCGACCCCAUGUGGAUCGAGUCUCUCAACACUGUCAUGGACGACAACAAGGUGCUGACCCUGGCCAGUAACGAGCGCAUCCCUCUGAACCCCACCAUGAGGCUGGUGUUUGAGAUCAAAGACCUGCGGACAGCCACGCCCGCUACCGUGUCCCGUGCUGGCAUCCUCUUCAUCAAUCCUGCCGACCUGGGCUGGAACCCGGUGGUGACCAGCUGGAUCGAGCAGCGUCAGGUCCAGUCAGAGAAGGCCAACCUCUCCAUCCUGUUUGACAAGUACCUCCCCACCUGCCUGGAGAAGCUGAAGUUCAGCUUCAAGAAGAUCACUCCCAUCCCGGAGGUGACGCUGGUGCAGACCCUGCUGCAGCUCAUGGAGUGUUUGCUGGUGCCAGAGAACACUCCUCCAGACUCCCACAAGGAGAUCUACGAGCUGUACUUCGUCUUCGCCUGCGUCUGGGCCUUCGGAGGAGCCAUGUUCCAGGACCAGCUGAUGGACUACAGAGUAGAGUUCAGCAAGUGGUGGGUGAACGAGUUCAAGACCAUCAAGUUCCCGUCCCAAGGAACUGUGUUUGACUACUACAUCAACCCCAACACCAAGAAGUUCUCUCCCUGGACAGACAAAGUCCCCAAGUUUGUCUUGGACCCGGAACUCCCUCUGCAGGCGUCCCUGGUGCACACAGCUGAGACCACCCGUAUCCGCUACUUCAUGGACAUGCUGAUGGAGAGGAAGUGCCCCGUGAUGCUGGUGGGGAACGCAGGCAGCGGGAAGUCUGUGCUGAUGGGAGACAAGCUGAGGAGCCUGGACUCUGACAACUACCUGGUCCAGUCUGUCCCCUUCAACUUCUACACCACCUCCGCCAUGCUGCAGGCCGUCCUGGAGAAGCCCCUGGAGAAGAAGGCAGGCAGGACGUACGGGCCCCCGGCCAGCAAGAGCCUGGUCUACUUCAUAGACGACAUGAACAUGCCCGAGGUGGACAAGUACUUCACCGUGGCUCCACACACACUCAUCCGCCAGCACAUGGACCACGGACACUGGUAUGACAGAGCCAAGCUGACUCUGAAGGACAUCCAUAACUGCCAAUACGUAGCCUGCAUGAACCCGACAUCUGGCAGCUUCACCAUCGAUCCCAGGCUGCAGAGGCACUUCUGUGUGUUUGCUGUGAGUUUCCCCGGUCAGGACGCGCUCCACAGUAUCUACAACUCCAUCUUCAGCCAGCACCUGGACAUGAGCAACUUCCUGGCACCUGUCAAGAAGUUCUGCUCCACCCUGGUCAGCGCAGCGCUGGGCUUCCACCAGAAGAUCAGCACCUCCUUCCUGCCCACGGCUGUGAAGUUCCACUACGUCUUCAACCUGCGAGACCUGUCCAACAUCUUCCAAGGCCUGCUGUUCUCGGGGCCAGACUGCGUGAAGGCCCCUGCAGAGCUGGUGCGCCUGUGGCUGCAUGAGUGUGACCGUGUGUACGGGGACAAGCUGGUGGAGGACAAGGACAUCGAGCUGUUCUCCAAGAUCCAGCAGGACAUCUGCAAGGCCUGCCUGAAGGAUUUGGAUCCAGGGUGUCUGUUUGAGAAGCCCAACAUCUACUGCCACUUCUCCCAGGGCAUCGGGGAGCCCAAGUACGCCCCCGUCCCCUCCUGGCCCGCCCUCAACAAGCUGCUGCUGGAGGGGCUGGACAGCUACAACGAGGUCAACGCCACCAUGAACCUGGUGUUGUUCGAGGACGCCAUGUCUCAUAUCUGCAGAAUCAACCGCAUCCUGGAGUGUCCCCGUGGCAACGCUCUUCUGGUGGGCGUGGGGGGCAGCGGGAAGCAGUCCCUGUCCCGCCUGGCCGCCAGCAUCUCCAACCUGGAGGUGUUCCAGAUCACCCUGAGGAAGGGCUACGGCAUCCCUGACCUCAAGCUGGACGUGGCAGCCCUGUACAUGAAGGCUGGGGUGAAGAACACAGGCACCGUGCUGCUGAUGACAGACUCCCAGGUGGCGGAGGAGACCUUCCUGGUGAUCAUCAACGACCUGCUGGCCUCUGGGGAGAUCCCCGGCCUGUUCCAGGACGACGAGGUGGAGGCCAUCAUCUCCGCCAUGAGGAACGAGGUGAAGGCCGUGGGCCUGCCCGACUCCAGGGAGAACUGCUGGAAGUUCUUCAUCGACAGAGUCAGGAGGCAGCUCAAGGUCAUCCUGUGCUUCUCUCCCGUGGGCUCCACCCUGAGGGUCAGAGCCAGGAAGUUCCCUGCCGUGGUCAACUGCACCUCCAUCGACUGGUUCCACGAGUGGCCAGAGGAGGCGCUGGUGUCCGUCAGUGCCCGCUUCCUCUCCGAGACAGAGGGCAUCGCGCCGGAGGUGAAGACCUCUCUCAGCCAGUUUAUGGCCUUCGUCCACAAGACGGUGAACGAGAUGUCCAAGUCCUACCUGGUGUCGGACCGGCGCUACAACUACACCACGCCCAAGACGUUCCUGGAGCAGAUCAACCUGUACCAGAACCUGCUGUCUGUGAAGAGGAGCGAGCUGCUGGCCAAGAUGGAGCGCCUGGAGAACGGCCUGACCAAGCUGGAGAACACGUCGGCCCAGGUGGACGACCUGAAGGCCAAGCUGGCCGUGCAGGAGGUGGAGCUCAAGCAGAAGAACGAGGAUGCAGACCAGCUCAUCCAGGUGGUCGGCGUGGAGACGGAGAAGGUUUCCAAGGAGAAGGUUAUCGCCAACGCGGAGGAGCUGAAAGUGCAAGUCAUUGCCAAGAACGUGGGAGAGAAACAGAGGUCGUGUGAGGCAGACUUGGCCAAAGCAGAACCUGCCCUCAUGGCUGCUCAGGAGGCCCUCAACACCCUCAACAAGGGCAACCUGACGGAGCUGAAGUCGUUCAGCUCCCCCCCCGAGGCGGUGGUGAACGUGCUGGGGGCGGUGAUGAUCCUGAUGGCCCCCGGAGGGAAGAUCCCCAAGGACAAGAGCUGGAAGGCUGCCAAGAACAGCAUGGCCAAAGUAGACGCCUUCCUGGACGCCCUCAUCACCUACAACAAGGAGAACAUCCACGAGGCCUGCAUCAAGGCCUUCCAGCCGUAUAAGAACGACCCCACCUUCGAGCCAGACUUCAUCCGCUCCAAGUCGAUCGCGGCGGCGGGGCUGUGCUCGUGGUGCGUGAACAUCGUGACGUUCUACGAGGUGUUCUGCGACGUGGCGCCCAAGAGGCAGGCUCUGGCCCAGGCCAACGCAGAGCUAGCCGCCGCCCAGGACAAGCUCUCCAUCAUCAAGGCCAAGAUCAACCAACUGAACGCCAACCUGGCCAAGCUGACGUCUGAGUUUGAGAGAGCAACGACAGACAAGCUGAAGUGUCAACAGGAGGCCGACGCAACCAAUCAGACCAUCUCCCUGGCCAACAGGCUGGUGGGGGGUCUGGCGUCUGAGAAGAUCCGCUGGUCUGCGUCCGUGGCCCAGUUCAAGAUCCAGGAGAAGACCCUGAGCGGUGACAUCAUGCUCAUCUCAGCCUUCGUCUCCUACGUGGGAUACUUCUCCAAGAAGUACCGCAGUGACCUCAUGGACAACUACUGGCUGCCCCACCUCAAGCAGCUCAAGGUGCCGAUCCCCAUCACAGAGGACCUGGACCCCCUCAUGCUGCUGACUGACGAUGCUGACAUCGCUGCCUGGAGCAACCAGGGCCUCCCCAGCGACCGCAUGUCCAUCGAGAACGCCACCAUCCUCUGCAACACGCAGCGCUGGCCGCUCAUCGUGGACGCUCAGCUGCAGGCCAUCAAGUGGAUCAAGAGGAAGUAUGGAGACAGCCUGAAGAUCAUACGGCUGGGCCAGAAAGGGUACCUGGACAGCAUCGAGAUGGCCGUGUCCAACGGAGACACUCUGCUCCUGGAGAACAUCAGUGAGAACGUGGAGCCAGUCCUGGACCCCCUGCUGGGGAGGAACACCAUCAAGAAGGGCAAGUACAUCCGUAUCGGAGACAAGGAGGUGGAGUACCACCCUAACUUCCGCCUCAUCCUGCACACCAAGUACUUCAACCCCCACUACAAGCCUGAGAUGCAGGCCCAGUGCACGCUCAUCAACUUCCUGGUGACGCGCGACGGCCUGGAGGACCAGCUGCUGGCCGCUGUGGUUGCUAAGGAACGCCCCGACCUGGAGGAGCUCAAGGCAGAGUUGACGACACAGCAGAACACCUUUAAGAUCGUGCUGAAGCAGCUGGAGGACUCCCUGCUGGCACGCCUGUCUGCCGCCUCGGGGAACUUCCUGGGAGACACGGCCCUGGUGGAGAACCUGGAGACCACCAAGCGCACCGCCACCGAGAUCGAGAUCAAGGUGCGUGAGGCAAAGAUUACGGAGGUGAAGAUCAACGAGGCCAGAGAGAACUACCGUCCUGCAUCGAUACGAGCCGCUCUGCUCUACUUCAUCCUGAACGACCUCAACAAGAUUAGCCCCAUCUACCAGUUCUCCCUGAAGGCCUUCAGCGUGGUGUUCGAGGAUGCUAUCAUGCUCACGGAGCCGGCAGAAGAGGUGAAGGACCGCGUGCUCAACCUCAUCGACCAGAUCACCUACUCUGUGUUCAUCUACACCAACCGCUCGCUGUUUGAGAGGGACAAACUCACCUUCAUCGCCCAGGUGGCCUUCCAGAUCCUGCUGAUGAAGAAGGAGAUCAACCCAGUGGAGCUGGAGUUCCUGCUGAGGUUCCCCUUCAAGGCCGGCCUGGGCUCUCCUGUCGACUUCCUGUCCAACCAGGGCUGGGGGGGCAUCAAGGCCCUGUCUGAGAUGGAUGAGUUCAAGAACCUGGACCGGGACAUGGAGGGCUCGGCCAAGCGCUGGCAGAAGCUGGUGGAGUCGGAGGCUCCUGAGAAGGAGAAGUUCCCCCAGGAGUGGAAGAACAAGACCGGCCUGCAGCAGCUGUGUAUGAUGAGGUGUAUGAGGCCCGACCGCAUGUCCUACGCUGUCAGGAACUUUGUGGAGGAGAAGCUGGGGGUGAAGUAUGUGGAGGGGAAGAGUGUGGAUUUCCAUGUGUCCUGGAAGGAGAGCAGCUCCUCCACACCCAUGUUCUUCAUCCUCUCCCCCGGGGUCGACCCCCUCAAGGACCUGGAGGCUCUGGGUAAGAAGUUGGGCUUCACGUUUGAUAACGGGAAGUUCCACAACGUGUCUCUGGGUCAGGGUCAGGAGGUUGUGGCCGAGGCAGCGCUGGACCUGGCUGCUGUGGAGGGCCACUGGGUCAUCCUGCAGAACAUCCACCUGGUGUCCAAGUGGCUGGGCAACCUGGACAAGCGUGUGGAGAAGUACAGCCUGGGUAGCCAUGAUGACUACCGUGUGUACAUGAGCGCAGAGCCGUCGUCCACGCCAGAGUCCCACGUCCUUCCCCAGGGCCUGCUGGAGAACGCCAUCAAGAUCACCAACGAGCCCCCCACAGGCAUGCACGCCAACCUGCACAAGGCCCUGUACCUGUUCAACCAGGACACGUUGGAGAUGUGCUCCAAGGAGUCAGAGUUCAAGGCCAUCCUGUUCUCGCUGUGCUACUUCCAUGCCGUGGUGGCUGAGAGGAGGAAGUUCGGGGCGCAGGGCUGGAACCGCUCCUACCCCUUCAACAACGGAGACCUCACCAUCUCCGUCAACGUGCUCUACAACUACCUGGAGGCCAACUCCAAGGUGCCGUGGGAUGACCUGCGCUACCUGUUUGGGGAGAUCAUGUACGGAGGCCACAUCACAGAUGACUGGGACAGGAAGUUGUGUCGUACCUACCUGGAGGAGUACGUGCGAUCGGAGAUGCUGGAGGGAGAGCUGAACCUGGCGCCUGGCUUCCCUGUGCCCCCCAACUCAGACUACAAGGGCUACCACAGCUACAUAGAUGAGAUGCUCCCUGCUGAGAGCCCCUACCUGUACGGCCUCCAUCCCAACGCUGAGAUCGGCUUUCUGACCGUCACCUCAGAGAAGCUGUUCCGCACCGUGCUGGAGAUGCAGCCCAAAGAGUCCAGCGCUGCCGGGGGAGCAGGGGUCUCCCGCGAGGACAAGAUGAAGGGCAUCCUGGACGAGAUCCUGGAGAAGCUUCCGGAAGGCUUCAACAUGAUAGAGAUCAUGGCCAAGGUGGAGGAGCGGACUCCCUACAUCAUCGUGGCCUUCCAGGAGUGUGACAGGAUGAACUCCCUCACCAGGGAGAUGGGCCGCUCCCUCCGAGAGCUCAGCCUGGGCCUCAAGGGAGAGCUGACCAUCACCACAGACAUGGAGAGCUUGGGGAACGCUCUGUUCCUGGACACAGUGCCAGAGUCCUGGGAGAAGCUGGCCUUCCCCUCCCUGCUCAGUCUGGGGGGCUGGUACGCUGACCUGCUGCUGCGCAUCAAGGAGCUGGAGGCGUGGACGGCAGACUUCGCCCUCCCCACCACGGUCUGGCUGGCCGGCUUCUUCAACCCCCAGUCCUUCCUGACGGCCAUCAUGCAGUCCAUGGCCCGGAAGAACGAGUGGCCCCUGGACCGCAUGUGUCUGUCUGUGGAGGUGACCAAGAAGAACCGCGAGGACAUGACCAGUCCCCCCGGGGAGGGGGCCUACAUCUACGGCCUCUUCAUGGAGGGGGCACGCUGGGACAGCCAGACGGGCGUGAUCGCAGAGGCCCGUGUGAAGGAGCUGACGCCCAGCCUGCCCGUCAUGUUCAUCAAGGCGGUGCCGGUGGACCGGCAGGAGACCAGGAGCGUGUACGCCUGCCCCGUCUACAAGACCCGCACACGGGGACCCACAUACAUCUGGACCUUCAACCUCAAGAGCAAAGAGAAGCCUGCCAAGUGGACCCUGGCUGCUGUCUGCCUCCUGCUCAGCGUCUGAAACACACACACACACACACACACA